GUCCUCCAGAAGCUGGGGAAGGCGGAUGAGACAAAGGAUGAGCAGUUUGAACAGUGUGUCCAGAAUUUCAACAAGCAGCUGACCGAGGGCACCCGACUGCAGAAGGAUCUCCGGACCUACCUGACCUCAGUCAAAGCCAUGCACGAAGCCUCCAAGAAGCUGAACGAGUGUCUGCAGGAGGUAUAUGAGCCUGACUGGCCCGGCAGGGAUGAGGCAAACAAGAUUGCAGAGAACAAUGACCUGCUAUGGAUGGAUUUCCACCAGAAGCUGGUGGACCAGGCGCUGCUGACCAUGGACACGUACCUGGGCCAGUUCCCUGACAUCAAGUCCCGCAUCGCCAAGCGGGGGCGGAAGCUGGUGGACUACGACAGUGCCCGGCACCAUUACGAGUCCCUUCAAACUGCCAAAAAGAAGGAUGAAGCCAAAAUUGCCAAGCCUGUCUCGCUGCUUGAGAAAGCCGCUCCCCAGUGGUGCCAAGGCAAACUGCAGGCUCAUCUCGUAGCUCAAACUAACCUGCUCCGAAAUCAGGCCGAGGAGGAGCUCGUCAAAGCCCAGAAGGUGUUUGAGGAGAUGAAUGUGGAUCUUCAGGAGGAGCUGCCAUCCCUGUGGAAUAGCCGUGUAGGUUUCUAUGUCAACACGUUUCAGAGCAUUGCAGGCCUGGAGGAAAACUUCCACAAGGAGAUGAGUAAGCUCAACCAGAACCUCAAUGAUGUGCUGGUCAGCCUGGAGAAGCAGCAUGGGAGCAACACCUUCACGGUCAAGGCCCAGCCCAGUGACAGCGCCCCUGCAGUCGGGAACAAGAGCCCUUCGCCUCCACCAGAUGGCUCCCCUGCCACCACCCCUGAGAUCAGAGUCAACCACGAGCCCGAGCCGGCCAGCGGGGCCACAGCCGGGGCCACCAUCCCCAAGUCCCCGUCUCAGCUCCGGAAAGGCCCACCAGUCCCUCCGCCUCCCAAACACACCCCGUCCAAGGAGGUCAAGCAGGAACAGAUCCUCAGCCUGUUUGAGGACACAUUUGUCCCUGAGAUCAGCGUGACCACCCCCUCCCAGUUUGAGGCCCCGGGGCCUUUCUCAGAGCAGGCCAGUCUGCUGGACCUAGACUUCGACCCCCUUCCGCCCGUGGCGAGCCCUGUGAAGGCACCCACGCCCUCUGGCCAGCCAAUUCCGUGGGACCUGUGGGAGCCCACAGAGAGUCCAGCUGGCAGCCUGCCUUCUGGGGAGCCCAGCGCUGCCGAGGGCACCUUUGCUGUGGCCUGGCCUAGCCAGACGGCUGAGCCAGGGCCUGCCCAACCAGCAGAGGCCUCGGAGGUGGCGGGUGGGACCCAACCUGCGGCUGGUGCCCAGGAGCCUGGGGAGACAGCAGCAAGUGAAGCAGCCUCCAGCUCUCUUCCUGCUGUUGUGGUGGAGACCUUUCCAGCAACGGUGAAUGGUACUGUGGAGGGCGGCAGCGGGCCUGGGCGCUUGGACCUGCCCCCAGGGUUCAUGUUCAAGGUGCAGGCCCAGCACGACUACACAGCCACUGACACAGACGAGCUGCAGCUCAAGGCUGGCGACGUGGUGUUGGUGAUCCCCUUCCAGAACCCAGAAGAGCAGGAUGAAGGCUGGCUCAUGGGCGUGAAGGAGAGCGACUGGAACCAGCACAAGGAGCUGGAGAAAUGCCGGGGAGUCUUCCCUGAGAACUUCACCGAGCGGGUGCAGUGACGGUGGCACCGAACAGCCCCCUGGGUGUGUGAAGAACGCCUUUUCCCGGAAAAUGUGUGUUUCUCUCUCGUUUUUUUUUUUUUUUUUUUUUUUUUUCCGUUUUUGUUUUUAAAUU